AUGGGGAUUACUGGAACGGGAGCCGAGACAAGUGAGAGGGUGAGAGAACAAGAGGCAUCGACAGAGAAGAGUGAAGGUGCACAAGACCAACACCGCGAUAAGAUAGGAACCUGCAGCUGUCGCGGAGAACAAAGGAGAGGCAGAGAGAGAGAACGAGGGAGCGAGCGAGCGAGAGAGAGAGAGAGAGAGACAAUCGGGCUGCGCCCAGCCUUUCCACCCCUCGCACUCCCACCUCCCUCUCUCUCCCUUCAAGAGCAGGCGUGACACACGGACGAGCCGCAGGCAUGGAGACGGGCAGCCCACGGAAGAUCCAGUUCACUGUCCCCCUACUCGACUCUCACCUGGACCCUGAGGCAGCUGAGCAGAUCCGGAGGAGACGGCCUACUCCCGCCACGCUGGUGGUCUCAAGUGACCAGUCUUCUCCAGAAAUUGAUGAAGACAGAAUGCCCAACCAGCUCUACAAGGCAGCCUUGAUGAACUCACCACGUCAGAGGAGGAAGGGAGCCAGAGGCACACCCACGAUGAAAGAACUGCAGUUUCUGGUUGAGCAUCACCUGUACAAGCAGCAGCAGAAGCAGCAGCAGGGAGGAGACGAGUGCUCCUCAGAGAGCCAGGACUGCUUCUCCGACCGGCCCAGCCCCGACUGCCUCCACUGUAGUGCGGACCUCCCAGAAGACGACGGCGUUUGGACUUUAGAGGACAGAGUGAAUGUGGACGUCAAGGAAAAGGAGCAAAGCCAGUUGGAAUGUCCAGAAGAAAAAUCAGGUCCCAGCAACCAAGCAGAACAGAAGAGUAGCACUCUUGUAAAUGAGAAGGACUGCAAAACAACAGGGGUCAGUGAGGCAGAAUCCACACCUCUUCCAGCACACGUAGAAGGCACAAGCUCUCAAGAAAAUUAGGCGGCAGAUAUGAAGACAGGAAAACCAUUUCUAUGAGGGUCUUUUAUAGACUCAAUGAAUCAUUUUUAAUUUAUUGUCAAAUUUCUCCCUUCUCUUGGCCACAUUUCAAGUUCAAGGUCAAGGUCCGGUUUAUUGUCACGUGUACAGAGUAUAGUAAAGUUCUUACAUGCAUGACCAACAUAUUGCUUUUAAGAGAUGAUGGUUUAGUUUUCCAUUCUAAAGGUCUUGUGCAUUCAGUUGAGAGUCACAGGACUUUCUCCAAAACUGAUUUUAAUUUCAUUGAAGAGAUCAAAGUAUGUACUUAUACACACAUUAUACAGUAUAUUGUAUAUAUUAUAUACAGUAUAUAAAAAAUAAAUUCCUAACACUAUGCCAUUCUUUAGUAAUUUGUUGUCCUCAGAACUGGUUAAAGGAGUGAGUGCUUUCUGUUAGCUCCCUGUCUCAAACUGACAGAUUCACACCAGUAAGUCACAGUUUGUCUCUUCUAUGCACACUCUUGUUCACGCCCUUGCAAGUAAGGUGGCCCUUGUGAAAAAAGCAGUCCCCCAGAUGGACAGGGUGUCCCCCACACUGCUGCUCACUGUGCCAGUGGUUCCUUUGUCCUGCUUAGAGGCCCACAUCACACUCGCCACAAUUAGACAUUAAGGAGAUCUGUUCGAUUUGUAUCUUAGGAAUGGCACACUAAUGUUACAGUAAGAGUGUAUGCCCACCUUUGGAAAUUCCUAAUAACACUAAUGUCCGAUUCAUUAAUCAGAAUUUUAAAGGACAAAACUACUGAUGUACCAAAAUAAAAAAUAAAAAAAAACACUGGGCUGAAUGACGGACAUUUUUUUCCCCCAAUUAUUUUUUGUCUUUGGAUAAAGCCUCAUUUUAAUUUAUGCUUUUCAAUCAAACUGAAUUCUAAAAAUGCAAAUUAAUUAAAAUUCCUUUUAUUAUUGAAGUCAAUCAGUCAUUUUCUAACCCACUUAGUCCUGAACAGGAUUUGUGGGUGCUGAAGCCCAUCCUAGUUAGCAUAGGGCACAAGGUAGGUACAAACCCUGGACAGGGCGCUAGUCCAUCACAGAACUGAAAUCAGUUUUUUAAACAAAUAACACAGUAACAAAAUAUAAGUGGAGUUAGCUUGUCAGGUUGUUUGGUCCAUUCCUUGGCUGGCAACUCAUACAGAUUAACAUUGUUUAUCAAGCUUAACUUACCUAAAUAUCAUUGAUUUCUGUUUCAGUUCAGUCUGUCCCAGUAUGAUCCCUUUUCCUUCUAAACAUGUUCUUAUUUCUCACAGUAUGUCACUACUGUUCAUAGCUUGUAAAAAAAAAAAAAAACAAGAACAAUCCUCUCAAGAUGUCAUCUGUUCCCCACAA